GGGAGGAGAGAGGAAAACAGAAAAACAACCAGGCGAAAGGAGGAGCGAGGAAGGCAAGCCGCCCUUGCCGUCGAUGGUUCGGGGGGUACCUGCGUACCGAAGACACGUUGCCAGUCGCGAGCCGGUCGACGUGCUUCGCUCGUCCGCGGCACGCAUCGCCGUCAAGGCAGGCCAUGCCUGCUACAAGCGUGCCUCUGGCGCGGCGUGCUCGUCACACGUCCUCCCUGUUCUAGCAACACUAGCCGUUCCUGACUCCAGGAUACAUCAGCGUGUUCUUGCGGAUACCCACGUCCAGGAGUGCUCAGUGUCCAGUGCUGCGGUGCGCGGAAUCGGGAGCUGAUCCAAGUGCGCGUGGUUCCAAAACCUCGCGAGCUAGUGCGCGCGCGAUCUUCGGGAUCUGGCGGUGGUGCUUUGUGAUCGUAAGGUUCGUGAGUGUCGACUCCUUCGUCUUGGCGGUGCCGCGUGGAUUUUUCAAGGUCCCACUUUUGCGGCUUGGAAAGGAAUCCUAGCGUUGUUUGUGUGUGUGGCCUCGUUACCUUCGAUUCGGUGGCACUGGGCGCGCGCAGUGAAUAGAGCCGACGACUGUGCCUUCUUUUGUGCGACGACUCCGUGAUUCUAUUCUCUCCUCAACGGCGCGUUACGGCGCCCCGGAUUCUCUCUUUUGUGGAUGUAGCCAUGUGAACAGGAGCCAGUGUGGUCAUGCGGGAGGCUUUCCGCAAUGGCGGACCUCCUUCGGCGGCUUCCUGCUCCGAAGUCCGGGACCUCGGGAAGCAGCGGGCGGCACCGGUGGUGCCGCUGCAAGGGCUUGCCACCGUUUCUGGUCAGCAGUGAAGCACGGGGUCCACACUCUCGCGCCCUUGUUGUGACGUGGUGGACCUGCCGGAGGAAGUGGAAAUGGCGGGCCCGGACCACGUGCCGACCCUGGCCGAUAGGCUCUACCAGGCAGCCGUGGCGGGUCAGACGGAGACCGUGGUUGAACUGUGCCGCAUCGGAGCAAGGAUCGAAGCAGAUCCGGAGGGUCGCACGGCUCUGCACAUGGCCGCCGCCAACGGCUACGUGGACACCGCCCGGGCACUCAUCUUAGCCGGAGCCAAAGUCAACGCCCUGGAUGCUUGCGGCUACUCCCCCUUGCACCAGGCGGCUACCGAGGGUCACGAGGAAGUGGUGCGGCUACUCGUCAAGCACAACUGCCUCGUCGACGUGCAAGAUGAAAUGCAUGGGAAUACGGCUCUUCACGAGGCUGCUUGGAAAGGCUACAGUCGGACAAUAGAAGUCCUAUGCAAGAACAAGGCGAACGUGUACAUAAAAAACAAGGGCGGCUUCUCUCCACUGCAUCUUGCGUGCCAGAACGGUCACAACCAAAGCACAAGGGUCCUUCUGCUGGCCGGCUGCAAACCGGACAUCAAAAACAACUACGGCGACACUCCACUGCACACGGCUUCCCGCUACGGUCACGCCGGCGUGCUUCGGAUACUCAUCAGCGCGUUCUGCAACGCCAGCGAAGUGAACAAGAAUGGAGAUAGCGGCCUACACAUCACGGCAGCGAUGGGUCGUCGGAAAUUGACGCGGAUACUCCUGGAAGCCGGCUGCGACCCAACCAUUGUGAACAAGCAAGGUGAGACGGCGUUGGACAUCGCCCGGCGCAAGGAGUUCAACGAGGUGGCUGACCUGAUCGAACAUCCACCGCCGCAAGUCAUCCAGUUGGACUCGUCCUCCUCGCCGCUCGAACAGCAGAGGCCCGGAGAAGGAGGCAAGAAACGAGAGAAGGAAAGCGGCACAUCGCAGGGCAGCAAGGACAGCUCACAUAACAAGGGCCGCACCAAGGACAAGCACAAAAAGAGCAAGCACGGCCACAAGGUUCACUUCGACGACGAGAAGAAGGACAAGAAGGGAAAGCUGAGUCCGUACGGCUGUCACCAGACGCCCAACCUGAGCUCCUUUCCGGCGCCCAAGCUGGAGACGUUGCCCGCUGAGCCCUUGAGCAAGGGCGAGCAGUACUUCCUCGACCUGGCAGGAAACAUACGCAAGGGCCCUGUUGGGAAAGGCUAUACGUGCUACUGCGCGCCCUUCUUCCACAACGUGGAGAAGAAACUGGAGGCCGACAAGCAGGAGCUGAUCGACCACAUCGACCACGCGCACGAAGACCUGAACGCCAAGAUCGCGCACCUGGAGCGCAAGACGCGCAACCAGCUUUUCAACCUGAACCAGUCGGUGCGCGAGAAGCUGGCUGCCGAAAAGACCGAGUGCCAAGAGCGGGUGGAGCGGGCCGCCCUGCGCGAGCGCCUCGAACGCGAGCGGAGACAGGAGACUCAACACGCCGAACUCCGCAGCGAGCUCCAGAGCUACGUGCGGGAGCGCGUCGCGCAGGUCGACUACCGCUGCACUCCGCUGGGCCAGAGUUCGGACUGCAAGAACAGGUUCAGCGAAGUGCCUCUUCACUGGUCCAGAAGGAACAGGCUGAACGGUUUCUACGGCAACGGAGUCGCCAGGGCGAAGUCGGAGGAAGUCCUGCGAGACCUCAACGGCGCCGACGGCAUCGACGAAGAGGAACUGGCAGCCGUGAACAACGACCGGGUCGUGAACGGGCGCCUGCCUCAGGUUCCAGCACCAUCGGGACUCUUCGGUAACGAAGUAGGUCUGCCUCCGCCCCCCGCACACCUUGCGAAUAGGGUGGGGUGCGGCGGUAGGCCGGACUUCGAGAAACUUGGCGCGAAGCCCAAAUACCCGCUGUGGGACCACAACGGAGAAGAGAGGACGAGCCCGUCGGCGCUGCUCGUUCACCAGCAACAACCAUCGCCAAUAGCGGAAUGUAGAGGCGAACACGGGAUCCGUAGGAGUCCCGCGGACCAGGCGUCGUCUCCGGGUGCGGUCAGGCAUUUCAAGAGCCACGGGGACCUGACGGCGACCUACAAGAAGGAAGACUUUCAGGACGAAGAGAAGGAGAAGGAAGAGGUCAGCAGCCCGAACCACUCGCCGUCGCCGCCCGUCACGACGAACGGAACGUGCGGAGAGGGCCUGCGGCCGUCGCCCUCGCCCGCCGGCAACGGUGACUUGUCGCCGACAGCGCACACGACAGCUCAGGCUGCGACAUCGUCGACAACGACGACGACACCGCCGCCGACGCACCCGAAACCCGCCAAGCCGCCGUUGAUGCCGCGACCUACGCACCCUCCUCCUUACUCGAGCCACGUGCAUCGCUUUUCGGCGGCGCCGAGCAGUCAAGCGAGGCCCCUGCGAGUGUCGUACGGGCCAUCGCCCAGCGAGCUGGCGGCGGCCGACGCUCUGUCGGGCUAUUACAACGGUGGCGCCGCAUAUGCGAACGCCAACGGUGGCGCGGUCGAGGACCAGCUAUGCAAACUGAACGAGGGCCUCUCGUUGGACCCCGAGAGCGGAUGUCCCUCCAGUGAAGUGUGAAAACGUGUCCCUCCCCGCCUCGCCCUAAUGAAAAACAAAUAUUCCGUGCAGUGAGAGUGUCACACGCCCAACGAUGCGAGCAAAGAAACUCGCGAAACGUUCGCGAGCAUAACUUUGUGUUGUUUGUUUAUGCCGUCGAUAUUUUCUUUUUUUCCGGUGAGCGAACUGCUGAAACAAAACUGGAUGAGCCUGCCGCUCGAAGUGAAACUGUGUACCGUGAUGCCAUCGUUGCAGUGAUCAUGUCAUGAGAUGAAGCGAAUGCAGAACACUUAACAUUCGCACGUUAGAUUUAAUUAUUUUAUUUCUUUCUCCAGAAUACUUCAAAACAUGUGUUCAUUCAUAACUACAGUGACUGUAUAUUGAACAGCGAAAAAAACCACCGUCGUACUUUCGCAGCACCUAACCUCAGGCCAGCAUUCUUACCUACACAUGCAUGGUCAGACAUGGUUUACAUGCGCAUCCUCGGAAAACUUCCGAUUCACACUGAUGUAGUAGUUCCGCCAAAGCGGAAAUAUCGGUAAGCUAACGGUACAGUGCGUGGUAAAAUAGCAUCCAAUGUGAACACAUAUGCUUUUAGAGUUUCUCAUUUUAGCUCUACACUAAAAGAUGGAAGACGAAUGGGCUCAUGAGCCCAGACCUCGAAUCUAGAAGAUUUUAUUGGGGAAAUAUGAUGCCUAAAUUACAGUAAUGCUAAAGUUUCAACUUCUAUGUCACAAUGUACAUUUCCAUCGCGCAGGCUAGCUACGGGCUUCGCCGCACUAAGCUACGGAGGUCAAGCAUCACAUCAGGGGAGCAGGAUUUACAUCUCAUUUUGACAUACUUCAUCGUAUCAUUAAGUACAGCUCAAAGAGCCAGCUUGUUCGCAAAUUAAAUCCACGCAAACUGCUGAUUACUAGUAACUCUACAUGAACAAGCUCAGAACAAAAUGUUCCAAAAAAAUAUGAUUCAUUGAUCAUCGUCUAAACGAGCGCCGUCUUCCCAGCUCUGUACAAACAAAUUACUCCUGAAUGCUGCGUUUAAUUUAGCUUCAACUGGGCCCAAUGUCUGAACCACGCUCGUUUUCAAGGAACGGAGUGACUGAGUGCGUUAGCAUAGUCUUACUCGAAACUGCGUGAGUGACACCUUGACUUCAAGUCCUUCUAACUGCGAUGCAGCUCUUCCAGCGAGAAAAGCUGAAACUUCGCAAGUCCAGGAAAAAAGAGAACGGAAGACAACUUCAGCGAAGUCCUGGACAGGGACAUCGCCUUGAAGUAGUCAGGGCAGCUCGUGCGUUUUCUAUAAGACCGGCCAUUAAUCUCGAAACGGUUUCCAGAACUUUCCUCAAUUGAUAUCAACUUAGAAUAACAGAGAGCUGAGCUAGUUGGUACGUAUUCGUUCUAAAAAGGCAGGGCGUGCAAACACGGACACAAGAAAGAAGUCAGGACACCACAAACGCCGACUAACAACUGAAGAGACGCA